CAGACGGCAACUUUGUACAGUCAGACUGCGCUGCGGACCGAGUCCAGCGGCGAGGACUGCACUCUGCGCCUUCAGGAUGUUUUCCCGGGACUCUUUUUACCGUAUCUGGAUAUCACCUGGCGGAGCGUAACCGUAGACCUCGGAAAUAACUCCCGCCUGGGGAACUUUGGCGGCUUCGUUGCUAAUGAAGAAUAGCUAGUUAAGCGAACCGUGGCGAAGAUUAGCUAACUAAGCUAACAACCGUAUUCAUUGAGAGGAGGAGAGUGUACUUUCUGCAUGUUUAUCUAAAGCCAGAAGCUGCCUUUAGGUCUUUGACAGUGCUGUAGGUCUGUAUAACCGGUCUGUGUAAUCUGAGACCUCUGUAUGGCUUUUAAAAGCUGCUAUGGAGCACUGCAACAUGGGGAACAAUAAGCAGGAUUCGUUCUGGGGGUUGAGAUCGGUGCUGUUUGCAGUUGCGGGAGAUUGCUUUCAUUGAUUUCGCCGCUCCUUGACCAAAUACAUAUUAUGAGGUUGCCAGGAAAUUUCCCAGAGGAGGUGUGUUAAGCUGUGAUCAUCGUUUUCAUUUGCAAAGAAUGUCCGACUCGGAAAGUUCCGGUUCAUAUUUUGGUUCGGAGGAUCCGCAGUGGCUAUGCAUGGUCACACUUUUCAUCGCGUCCCUGGUCACUUUGAUACUGUAUUUCGUGCAGUAUUUCCAACAAAAGUGUGUAGGAAAUAAGCAGAGAGCAGCAGAGGACAAUGCGGCGAAGGAGGAAGCCGCCUCUCUGCUGGGAUGGGCGCUGUCACUGAAAAGCUGGAAGAGUCAAUGGAGAGGAGCUUGGUGCAGGGCUUUGAAUGACGAAUCAAGGAAGCGUGGGGGUCCUGUUCUGUUGACAUUUGGAGAGGAUGAUCUUGAGGCAACAGAGCUCAUGGUCAGCCAAGUAUCCAGCUUUCAGAAGUCUGCCAGACACAAGGCCGCUUCCUGCAGUGUGGUUGGGGAGCAGCUUCAGUUCUCUGUCAGUGCAGUAUCGACAGCCAUGGCUUCAGCACAUCCUUGUAAAUACAAAGUCUGUAUAACUCCACUGGAGCUGCAGCUUGAUCUACAGAUGCAAGAAGCUAAUGAUAAGGUCAAGUUGAGCUGGGGAGUGUCUCAGCUGGAGACAAGGGAUCUGCAGGUGACACCUACUUCCACCCAGGACAAUCCCAGCUCUCCCAGUGUAGCAGCCAUAACGGAGCAGCUGAGGCAGCUAUUAUGUGCAACGCGUCCCUCGGUGCUGCUGAGCUGCAGGCCUGCUCAGGCCUCAGAGGUCAAGGAAGCCCACAACAACGUGGUUUCCCCCCCAAAACCCCCCCGCGCCCACGACUGGAAGCUGCUGGUGAAGAACAUCCGGGUCACACUGAAUCAGGAGGAAGAUGCUGCAGGCAGCACCAAUCCUCUGUGUGUACUGCAGUUAGAUGAUCCUCCACAGAGGUUUAACACCUCUGUUUUGAAGAACACAACCAAUCCUGCCUGGGACCAGCCAUUUAUUUUUGAAUUGAAUGGACUUUCAAAAGAGCUCAAUAUUCAGUUGAUGAAUGAUGGACAACCACAAGAGAAUUCCUUACUUGGUCAGGUGUCAGUGCCUUUUGAUCUCGUAAAGAAGCAUCCCAAAGGACAGCAAACAUUUGCACUCAUGACCAAAGACGGAGUGACUGGAUCACUUACUACUGACUUUACCUACCUGGAGCCCAGUGAGGUGAGGUCCUGGCACCCUCCGACCCCAGCCUCCAGUAAGAAGGUGGAGAUGGACCGUACAGUCAUGCCCUGUGGCACGGUAGUCACCACCAUCACUGCGGUGAAGAGCAAGCCAGGCCGACCACUCCCUCUUGGACUCAACAUAGAUCCUGCCCAGAAAGCGGUGGCCAACAAGCCCAAGCUGUCGGAGCGCCGUGUUUCAGAGCAGGCGUCUAUGCUAGGGGCCACAGUCAGCAAGGCCCUGUCCUCUUCUGACACCGAGCUGCUGAUGCUCAAUGGCACGGACCCGGUGGCCGAGGCCGCCAUCAGACAACUCCACCAGUCUGCCAAGCAGAAGCUCAAGUCCCCAGUGAAGAAGAGUACCAUCAUCAUCUCUGGCAUCGCCAAAACGCCCUUGUCUCAGGACGAUGAGCUAGCUCUGAUGGCGGGCUACGCCGCAGCGAUGGACGCCUCCAUGUCAGAGGGCAGCUCUACUCAGGAUGUGACCAUGGCGAUCGCAUCAGGGACCAGUAGCCCUCCAGAGGAAUUGGAGCCCCAGGAAGGCCCCAGUGGAAUAGGCAGGCCUCCAGAGGACUGGGAGAGCCAAACCGGAGAGGAACUAGACCAUACGUCGCUCUCCAUGUGUGUGUCUGAGGCGAGCUGCAAGAAGAGCAGAGGCAGCUUCCUUCAGAAGAGUGCCAAGCUCUUCUUCCGGCGGCGUCACCAGCGCAAGGACCCGGGGAUGAGCCAGUCGCACAAUGACCUGGUUUACCUGGAGUCUCCAGCUGCAGUGGAGCGGGCGAGCCGAACAGCCACGCUUAGCCGUAUGCUCAACCGCAAGAGCAAGAAUAAGAGCAAAGCCAACGGCUCUACCUCCAUGGGGGAGCCACAUGUGUGACCCCUCCCUCCUGUCACCUCAGUCCCUCCUACAACAACUACCAUCACCACCUUCACCUCAAAGUUGCACUGGCAAACUUCCUGGCUAACCUACCCCCCACCCCCCUGCCCGACCUGCAUAAUGGUGCGCCUGCAUUGUGAAUGGGAAAGCUGUGCAGAUGGAAAAAUAUCCUCUUUAAUUGCCGUAUCGUGCUUCCUAUGAGAAGCAGAUAUUCCACUAAAAGCAAGUGUAUGCAUGUGUGGAUGAAGGUCUCCUGUCUUGGAUUAAUGGCAUUUCAGAGGAUAUUAUUUAGCAUGUUUCAUAUUAUUUGAUUUUAUGCAACAUUUGAAAUCUUUAAGUGCUUUUGUGGCCUUGUUACAGACAGAAAGGACUGGUGUGGGCCGUCACUCUUUACCUCACUGACACUGAGGAUAAGGAGUAAACUCUCCCUGCUGUAAACCGUAAGUCUCCUACGGUGGACCAACAGGACCAAAGAUUAAGAGAAGAGUGGUAUUUGUAUGAUUUGCACAAUUUUAGUACCUUUAUUUAAAGUGCAAUGACAGGAGCUACUCUUGUGUUAGAGAUACAUGUUGAAAACAUUCACAAAGGGAGAUGAUCUUUUCGAUGCACAACGGGGGAAAUAGUAACACGACUACUUUUUGACACUAAUACUAUGAAAUGUGGUGUUUAUAUCAGUUCAUUUAAAAGAAGUAAUUUUAUUCAAAAUGAAGAUAAGAUGUUCCUUUAUUGAUCCCCCUUAGGAGAAAUUCAAGCAAUGAAGCAAGAUUAGAGCAACAGCUAUAUGCAAUGUGCAUAUAAAAGCUGUAAAACAAAUGUAUCCGGAAAAUUGUCAGCCCUCAUGUCUAACAAAGAUACCAGAAGUCGUAGUUUAUGUUUGGCAUGUGCGGAGGCUGUGUUAUCAAGCCUUUAACAUGAGUUCACACCCUUCCACAAAGAAAACAAAGAAGCAGUGACACUGUGGCUAACAGAAACUUUAGCUAUAUGUGAGCGUUUUAUGUUUACUCCUCUCUGCUGUGUUUUCAGAUGAUAUGCAACUUUCUUCUUUGUCUUCCUAAAAGAUUGCUCUUUUACACUACUGUUAUCAGCAGGGUUGUUAAUGUGUCAAAAGGGAAGCGAAUGAACCUCUAUCCAGGGACUGUGACGUUACACUCGGCCAUACUUGUCACAUUACGCACUAAUCAGAUUUGUUUUACACUCAUUUCAACCCUGCAUUUCACCUGAAUGAAAUCCUCAGUCUUUUAUUUGAUGUUUUAUUGUUUUUAAAAGAUGUAGCUUUGAACACAUGAACAAGAAGAAGUGUGAACACCUUUGGGGGCAACCACAUAGUUUGGCUGCUUUUUUUUUUUUUUUUUUUAAAUCCAGCUAAUGAUUGUAUUUUUGUUUUUGUAAGCAGCUUGUUGAAGACAUUUCUGUACAUCAUGUAAACUACUGUUUAGUGAAUCUGCUCAGAGGAUUGAUGCAGCACAGUGACAGACAGAACUAACAGAUUGCCUUACAGUUAUGUCUGAGGAUGAUGUCACGGGUGGACUUCCUUGACUUGACGUUUGGUUCCUGAGGCUGCGUCCACCAGAGGACUGAAGGACUGUGGCCAACAGUUGGACUGGCUCUGAGAGACGAGCGUACCGCCAUGUUCCUGCACCAUCAGUAAUGUCUAUAAUCAAGAAGCCUAUGCACAUAACAUUAACUGAGUGUUUACAUUAUUAGACUAUCAGAAUUAAAAACACUCACUUGCUGUUUAUGGCAACACUCUGCUGCAGAUUCAAUGUGGGUUGUCUUUGUGUCUUGGUAUUAACAGUACAUAGAGAUCCAUUCUCAUCACCUGCUCUCCUCCAUCAUCACUGAUUAGUCUGCUUUUUAAAAAAAAAAAAAGAUUCCGAUUUGGGCUGAAAAAAGAAAAUUCUGUUACCAUUCAGACAGAAUCACCUUUAAACUCUGAGGAACGGAGGGGAAAACGGGUUUUAAUCAUGCUCAGCUUCAGAGCCCUUGUUUAUGGCAGCCUGCAGUCAUUGGCUACUGUUAUGCAUUGAGUAAGCAGUAGGGCUGUAUGUGAUUAAUAAACUGCUUCCUUAUGUUUUUUUUAUUUGCAUCUGCUCUGUGCACAGAAACUGACUUAACUGUUGUUACAGAGUGUCAGUUAUUUCCCUGCAGGGAUUGUAACUAAUAUACAUAUCCAGUUAUUUCAUUUUGGACAAUAAAUAUUGAUUGAAUAACUGA